AGACAUUAUCUGGUCUCCCUGAAUUAGAAUCCAAACCAUGGAUGACUUUGAACGACGCAGGGAGCUGAGAAGGCAAAAGCGAGAAGAAAUGCGCCUGGAAGCUGAAAGAAUCGCUUACCAGAGGAAUGAUGAUGAUGAGGAAGAGGCUGCCCGGGAACGGCGUCGCCGGGCCCGCCAGGAAAGGCUUAGGCAGAAACAAGAAGAAGAUUCCUUGGGGCAGGUGACCACCGACCAGAUGGAAGUUAAUGCCCAGAACAGUGUGUCUAAUGAGGAGGUCAAGGCACCCAGCACACACACCCAGGUGGAAGACGAUGAUGAGGCUGCAUUCCAGGAGCGCUUGGCUCGGCGGGAGGAGAGACGUCAGAAGCGCCUGCAGGAAGCUCUGGAGCGGCAGAAGGAGUUCGACCCCACAAUAACAGAUGCAGGCAUGUCACUGCCAAGCCGCAGAACAAUCAAUAGUACAGAAGACAACGAAAAUGCUGAGAAAGAAGAAAAGCAUGAAAGUCGCCAAGAGAGAUAUGUGCUAGAAGAAAGCAUCACCAAAUCCUAUCAGAAGAAUGACUGGAGAGAGGCUGAAGUUCCAAAGAAAGAAGAAAAAGCAAAGGAGGAAGAGGAGGAGAAGCCAAAACCAGGGAGCAUGGAAGAUAAUCAGGUAGAAGUGAUAGUAGAUGAAAAACCAGCAGAACCCCAGGAGGAAACGGUGGUAAUGGCAUUGAAUAAUGGGCAGGUAAAUGAGGAAGAGAUGAGGGCAAAGACAGGGGAACAGGAUUUUGAUGAGGUUAUUCACAAUGAAAGGAUGGAAGAAGAAGAAAGGGAGAAAGCUGAGGCAGAAAGGAUCAGGUUGGAAGCAGAAGAAAGAGAAAGAAUUCAAGUUGAGCAAGAGCAAAAACUAGCAGAGGAGAAAGCCAGAAGGGAAGCAGAGGAAAAAGCAGCUGCACAAGAAAGAGAAAGGAGGGAAGCAGAAGAGAGGAAGAGGAGGGAGGAGGAGGAGCGAAGGGCAGCAGAAGAGAGGCAGAGAAUUCAGGCAGAGGAAGCAGAGAAAGCUAAGAGGGAGGAGCAGAAAUUCCAGCAGCAGCUAGAAGAGAAAAAACAGGACAGGAAAGAGGAGAUCAAUGGGGGAAAGGUGGGCAUGAAAAUAGAAGGGAAAUGGGUCAAUGAAAAGAAAGCUCCAGAAGAUAAACUGCAGACAGCUGUCCCAAAGAAACAGGAAGAAGAGAAAGGGUCUAAAGUGCCAGCUAAAAGACAACAGUCCCAGGAAGACAAGUCUUCCUUCAAAAAAGAGGUCAAAGAGGAGAAGAUGAAAAAGGACAAAGAGCCCAAGGAAGAGGGGAAGAGUUUCUUGGAUGGGAAGAAGGGAUUAACAGAAGUCAAGUCCCAGAAUGGAGAGUUCAUGACCCACAAACUCAGACCCACUGAGAAUACUUUCAGCCGACCUGGAGCAAGAGCCAGCGAGGCCAAGGAGGCAGAGGAGGCUGGGAAGCGGCUGGAGGAACUUCGCCGCCGCCGGGGAGAAACCGAGAGCGAAGAGUUUGAGAAACUCAAGCAGAAACAGCAGGAGGCGGCCCUGGAGCUGGAGGAGCUGAAGAAGAAGAGGGAGGAGCGAAGGAAGGUCCUGGAGGAGGAAGAGCAGCGGAGGAAGCAGGAGGAGGCCGAGCGAAAAGUCAGGGAGGAGGAAGAGAAGAGGAGACUAAAGGAAGAAAUUGGAAGACGAAGAGCAGAAGCAGCUGAGAAGCGUCAGAAAAUGCCAGAAGACAACUCAUCAGAUGACAAGAAACCAUUCAAAUGUUUCACUCCUAAAGGUUCAUCUCUCAAGAUAGAAGAGCGAGCAGAAUUUUUGAAUAAGUCUGUUCAGAAAAGCAGUGGUAUCAAGUCAACUCAUCAAGCAGCUGUUGUCUCCAAGAUUGACAGCCGACUUGAGCAGUACACCAGUGCAAUUGAGGGGACAAAAUCUGCCAAACCUACAAAGCCAGCAGCCUCAGAUCUUCCCGUUCCUGCCGAAGGAGUUCGUAAUAUCAAGAGCAUGUGGGAAAAAGGAAAUGUGUUCUCAUCCCCUUCUGCCUCAGGCACACCCAACAAGGAAACUGCAGGCCUGAAGGUGGGUGUUUCCAGCCGUAUCAAUGAAUGGCUCACUAAAACUCCAGAUGGAAAUAAGUCACCUGCUCCCAAACCUUCUGAUUUGCGGCCAGGAGAUGUAUCUGGCAAGAGGAACCUCUGGGAAAAACAGUCUGUGGAUAAGGUCACUUCUCCCACAAAGGUUUGAGACUGUUCAAGAUGGAACCCAAAAGCCACUCAACAUGCUGAACCAGCUCAGCUGAAGAGGGCUCAUUUGCUCUGUUUUAUAUUUAUGUUGAUUUACUAAUUGGGUUCAUUUCCUUUUAUUUUAUUUCUUAUUAUCCCGAUAAACCCAUGUAUAUUAUCACUAUAUUUAAUAAUCACAGUCUAGAGAUGUUCAUGGUAAAAAAAAAAAAAAAGUACUGCCUUUGCACAGGAGCCUGUUUUUAAAGAAACCCAUGCUGUGAAAUAGAGAUUCUUCUACUGAUCCUCUUAACUCUGGGUCUGGAUAAUGAUACCAACCAUGUGGAAAGUUAUUGUAAGCAAAUUCAAGUCAAAAUUGCCUGAGGAAAUGUGUGCAGUAACCAGAAAAAAUGAGUGAUGGGGGAUUUAUUUGAAAUACUGAAGGGCUUGUUGUUCCUGCACUUUAGAGAAUAAAGCAUGGAAGAAAUGAUCUUAUGAGGCAAUUGUAACACUUUCUCAAAGUAACCCAACUCAGCUUUGGCAUACUGCGGUAAUGAUUCUUUUCCCUUAAAAUGUACUGUUAAGGUAUUACUUUUUUCAUGCAAAUGAAUAUCUAAAUUGGAGUAUGAUGUAGUGGACAGUGGUACUGAUCUCUGUAGGUUUAUUGCUUUGUGGAUUUCUUUGAUAGCGAUAGGGCACCACAUUUUAGAUGGCCUGAUCAUGUAUGUAUGUGCAUACACGUAUACAGACACUCUAAUGGUAGAAGCCUUUUUUGUGUGUUAUAGAUUAUUAUAUUUAGCAGUAUGUCCUUGUAACUAGUCAAUAUCACAGCUUUUUAAAAAUUAAAAGUCACAAUGCUAUAUUCAUAUCUCAUCUUUGCCAACAGAGACAUCGCAGACUAGGUAUCAAUAUUUCAAUGUCCAAUAACUUGUAAAAAAAAAAAAGGGAAAAAAGGGAAAUUGGAAGUGUGGAAAAGGUUGGCAUUUUCUAUAAAACAUCAUAUUUAGUUUAUAAUUUAAAAGCAAUCUUUAAGUCCAGUGUAAACUUUCCAAAUAUACCAUCUGGCUCAGACUCAAAGCUUGCUCACAACUUUAUUCUGUGCAAUUAAGUUCACCAUAAGUUGCCCUGAAUGGUAUACAAAAUCUUUCCCUUCUCUCAACUUUAAAGACAAGAAUGUUAAUGAAUGAGAAGAUUGUAUAUAUUGGCAUACCAUGUAUGGGUAUACAAAAAACAACUUUGGCUCAUCUGAAAGCAGAAAGAAAAAUGAGAAAAGCACAGUAUCUUAUGACAGUACUUUCAGCCUUAGUAUACUGAAAUGUAUUUAAAAGUUUUGCCUUAUGAGUGUUAGUACUUAUCAUAAGGGGAUCAUGUGUUGAACUUUUAACACACAUGCACAUAUGAGCUUCACUAGUUUUAAUUUUUAGCCCCAAGCCUUUUAAUUCGCCACUUUUUACACAUAUUUUAUAUCAAUUUUAUUUUUCUCAAAAGUAUUCAUUUAUGCAUCCCAAUAGAUGAUAAAAGAGUUGGCAAUGUGUUCUGGCAACAGAGGUAUACCUAUAAUGUAAGUAAAUUUAUUUAUACCUCUACUGAUUGAACCAAAAUUGUUGUCAUCUCAAUUUUCCUACCACACUGAGAUAGUACCCCAAAGAACUAUUUUUUGAAACUAAAGAGUUCCCUGGAAGAACAGGCCAGGGCAAUGCUGUCUAGGUAGUUAUUACCACCCUCCAAAUACUAUUUUCUUUGUGAGUCAGUACAACGUAGUCAAAGUCUAGCUUUUAGCAUAUCUAGGUCAAAGGAAGGAAAGCAACCAAGAUAACACAAGUCAUUCAACUUUGACAUGAGUCUACUAAUGACCAAGAACUCACUGAUAAAUACUGACAUUACUGCCCAUCACAGAGGCCUAAGGCAAGAGGACAAUGUCUUCUUGUAUUUUUGAACAAGUGCUUCUCCUGAACUAUUAUUUUUUUCUAGAAUGUCUAAAGUUGACAAAAGAAUAUAUUAGUUCUUACUUUUACUCCAAGGUUGGAUGGAAUAUGUUUGAGUGUAGAAUCACCUUCCAUUUGGAUUUCAUCCUUUGAAAACAAAAAUCCAUGUUUACAUGUUUGGUUACAAUUCUCUGUUCUCUUUGAGAAGUCAAACUGCAGUGUGACUAGCAUGUUCUGUGAAUCUGCCAUGCCUAAGAAUUUUGUAACACUUGAUAUUUUCACUGAUAAAUGAUUGCCGCAUUAAAUAGAUAUUGUGAAAAAUGGCAUCCACAAUAAAUGGAAUUCCUUCAA